AUGCUCGGGAUAUUUGUCGGGGCAGUCAUUGCUGGAAUAUUCAUCGGUAUAGCGUUCAGACCCGAAGAAGAGCCUGAAGUGAUUGAUGAAUUAACAAAUUAUGAGAUCUACGAAAACGCAGCCAUUGCCACUGAUGCAGCUAACUGUUCAUUUAUUGGAAAUGAAAUGUUAAAACAAAAUGGCUCCGCAGUAGACGCGGCUAUUGCGGCGUUAUUGUGUGUGGGUCUCCACAAUUGUCAUAGCACCGGUAUAGGCGGAGGAAACUUUAUGGUUAUACACAUGAAACGAUGGGGUGUCACUGAAGUAAUCGAUGCAAGAGAGACAGCCCCACUAAAUUCCACAUACGACAUGUUUUCCAAUCACCCAGAUGAAGAUGCAUCAACAACAGGUGGUUUAGCUAUUGCUGUGCCCGGCGAACUGCAUGGUAUGUGGACGGCUCAUCAGAGAUGGGGACUGAUACCAUGGGACAAACUGUUUGAGCCAACUAUCGAACUGGCCGCGAAUGGGUUCGUAGUAGGAGCACCUCUAGCAAAAGCAAUACGGCAAUAUAAUGAUACUAUUUUAGCGGACGAAGGUUUGAGUGAAUAUUUCGUGGGGGACGAUGGGGAAAUACUGAAAGAGGGGGACAUUUGCGUCAUGAAGAAGUUGGCAGCAACGUUGCAACUAAUCGCCGAUCGUGGUGCAAUGGAGUUUUACAGUGGGGUAACUGCGGAAGCCGUUGUAGCAGAUAUUCAGGAAAGAGGAGGAAUCAUUACAUCUCAAGAUUUAUUGAACUAUGAAGCGAAGAAAAAAGCUCCACUUGAAUUACGAAUGGGCGACUCGAUAAUGUACACUCCUUCUCCGCCUGCUAGUGGCGCUGUUCUGUCUUUCAUUCUCAACAUAUUGGAGGAAAAUUGGACUUCAUAUUAA